CUAAUAAAUUCAAAUUAUUUUGGCUUCUACACACUUCAGUGUAACUAAUUAUUAAUUAAUAGGUGUAAACCGAAGUAUAGAUAAGUUAACUGCAUUAUAAAAUACAUAACAACUGCAAUGGCGGCCAUCCUCGGCGGCGGAUUGGGCGGCCUGUCUACCGGCUAUUAUUUACUGAAAAAUAACGUUUUGAGUAACAAUAAUUUGAAACUACUCCUGUUAGAAGCUACUAACAAUUGCGGUGGAUGGAUUAAAACUAUUAAAACGAAGGACUACAUUUUUGAACAGGGACCGCGAACGAUACGUCCAAAAGGCCUUUCUGGCUUGAACACUCUGAACAUGCUUCAGGAUUUAGGCCUAAGCGAGCAUGUAGCACCGAUAAAACCUGAUCACCCUGCCGCUAAGAACAGGCUUAUCUAUGUUAACAACACCUUACAUAUCUUGCCAUCUAGUUUAAAAAGUGUUUUUAAAAAAAAUGAACCUUUUUCUAAACCUCUUAUUUACGCGUUAUUUAACGACAUAAGGCAACCGCCUUCGGAACUUGAGGAUGAUUCUAUUUACAAUUUUGUUGAAAGGCGUUUUGGCAAAGAGGUGGCAGACUAUGGCAUUGCCCCUAUGAUCUGUGGUAUCUGUGCCGGUGAUGCUAGAGAGAUAUCUGUAAAGUUCCUCAUGAAAACUCUUUUUGAAUGGGAGCAGAAUCACGGAGGAGUAAUGAAAGGGCUGAUGAAAUCGAUUUUCAAGUCCAAGACUGAUAAUAACUUGGUACUCAGUGAUUUAGCUAAAAGGGCACAGGAAGAAAAAUGGAAUGUGUACACUAUAAAAGGAGGUCUAGAGACUUUCCCAACUACUCUAUAUGAAUAUCUGGAAGACAAUGAAGUUGCUAUGAAGUUGAAUCACAGAAUAUCAGAAAUAGAGUUUGUUGAUUCAGGAUCAGUUAAAUUAAAAAGAAAUGAUGGAGACACAUUUACUGUUAAUCAUGUGUAUGCAUCUCUACCUGCCUUUGUGCUGAGUGAUUUAGUUAAAAAACAGCACCCAGAGUUAGCAACAACUUUAAAAGAAAUUCCUUUUGUCACAGUUGGGAUUGUGAAUUUAUUUUUUAGGACAAACAAAUCCCUUAUAACACCUGCAUUUGGAUUUUUAGUUCCUCCAAUUGAGAACUCUUCAAUACUUGGAGUUGUUUUUGACUCCUGCUGCAUUCCUGACCAGAGUGGUACAGUUCUUACAGUAAUGCUUGGUGGCAGAUGGUUCAAAGAGAAGUUUGGGGAGAAUGUCACUGAGAAGGUACUACUUGACAUAGCAUUGAAGGAAAUAAAAUCAAUUCUGAAUAUAGAAGAAGAACCCACGGCUACUAAUGUCAAAAUAUUAGAUAAGUGCAUUCCACAAUAUGUUAUAGGGCAUUAUGAAAGGGUGGAAAAAGUAAGGAAGUAUAUUCAGGAGAAUAAUUUGCCUAUUUCACUAGUAGGUAGCAGCUAUGAUGGAGUGGGUAUUAAUGAUGUGAUUUUGUCAGCUAAAACUCAAGUAGAGGAGGAUUUACCAUAUUUCAAAAAGCAGUCAGUUGUUGGGGUAAAGCCUACAGAAGAGACGCCAAUUGCACCAUAAUGUGUGUGCAACUUUGAAUAGAACCAAAACUACAUAUUUUUGUCUACCAAAAGUAAUUUAAUAUUUUUUUACAAAUUAACUUAUUGUGUAUGUUGUAAAUAAGACAUGGAAUUAUGAUUAUUUUUCAGGAUUUUUGAUAUUCAUUGAAUGAAUGUGAAAGGUUAUUUGCUGUGUUA